CAAUUUUACAUUAAUAUGGUGGAGAAAAUAUUACAAGAAACAAAAACAAAUAAUUAUUACAAUAAAUGGCAUAUUGUGACAAAUGGCAAAACAAAACAAACAGCAACAAAAAUAAAUACUAAUAAGAGUUGUAAAAAAGACAUAGUGAUUAAUAAAACAAAUAUAAUAAACUCAACAACAAAGACUAUUUCCAAGAAUAAAACGUCAACACCCAAAAAGUUAGCGGUAAAUACACAACAACACAAGGUGGCAACACUGCAAGCUAAACAACAGAAAGAGAAUAGCCAACAAGUACAGUUGAAAAAAUCCACAACAUGCUUAACGGCAGUUGGCAAUACCAAAGCAAAACAGCAACAAGUACAUAGAAGGCGCUCGAAUCAGCAAGAGAUACGUCAAAUUAAACGAGCUCACCGCCAUCUAUUAACGAGUGGAGGUUGUGAUAAACAACAAAAACACCAAACGAACUGUCAAAAAAACAGCUGCUCACCAACAUCAUCAUCGUCGUCGUCAACCUCCUCCUCUGCAUUAAAGAAAACACAAAAAAAAUUAAAACUUAGCAGUGGCAAUAAUAAAAACUCUCUAGAAUUAAAUAAUAAUAAUAAAAAAUUAUUAAAGCAACAGAAAACAAAAACACAAUUGCAGCAAGAGCAAAGUAAACAAAAGAAUAAAAAUUCAUCAUCCUGCGUCGUCAGUAAACAACAAAAGAAAUUGAAAUCGAACAAAUUUAAUGAUCAAGAGUCGAUAAUAUCAUCGCGUUGGUGUUCCAUAGAAGAACAACUUGAUUUAUUGGAUAAAUUAUUGUAUUAUUGUGAUGAAGAUGAGAAUGCUGCUCUGAAAGCGUGGUACGAUUCCAUAAACAAAGAAAACUAUUUAGAAAGAAAUUCUUCCUGUGGUGAAGAAGAACCAGAUUCCUUAAGUGAAUGUGAUUGGAGUUGGAGUGACAUUAUGUCCUCCUCCUCCUCAGCAGCAGCCUCUGCCGCAAACUCCCAGUUGGGAACUCAAAAUGAAGAUGCCCAAUCUACCAUAAGCAACAAUAGUCUCACAUCAUCGGCCUCGUCGUGCAACUCAUCGUUGGUGCCGUCCUCUCUAAAGCGACGUGGUCAUCAACAUCAUCCACGCUUUUCGGGUACACGACGUCCCAAUGUACCACCAAAUGUUCAGGAAAUCUUAGCAGCCUUAUAUAAGAAUGAUGAAGAAGCAAAUGCAGAUUCUGCCGAUGCUGGUCACAAUCUGGAGACAGAUGUUAUGGACGAUUCCUAUACACAUCAUUACACAGAUGAACCGGAAGAUGAUCCGAUAACAGCUCAACGUAUUAAAGCCUCAUUAAACUUGCCUUUAACCGAGUCGGUAACCACCUCUAUGGGUAGUAACAGUCCCACGCCUACUGACGACAGUAGUAUGUUGGACGAAGGAGUAGUAUCAGCUCAAACACCUACCUCAGCUGCCGCCCAGCCACCCAAAGAGAAGAAAUCCAAAUCAAAACGUGAUAAGUCUGAUAAAUCAGAAGCGAACAAAGAGAAAAAGUCCAAAAAAUCAAAAAAAGAUAAAUCAAAACGUUCUUCCGCUUGUCUAGAGUCCACCGAGACCCUAAACGAUACAGCCUCCGCAGCUACCGACGAAGGCAUAGCCAUCGAUGAUGAUGACUUGCAGUCGGCCGAAUGGGCCAAUCUACGAUGCACCAGCGAGGCGGCUGAAAUUGUGGCCGAGCGAGAGGCAAGACGUAAUAAAAAUCGUUGUGCCGAUUAUCCCGGUUUGGCUUUUGGUCGUUCCAUCUUUUCAUCGGACACUAUGAUGAAAUUCAAUAUCAUACGCAAUGAACUACAUAACAUCAUGAAUACACAGUUGAAAAGGGCUGAAUCUGAAGUUGCUGCUUUGAACCGUCGUAUUCAAUUGCUCGAAGAAGACUUGGAACGUUCAGAAGAACGUUUGGGUUCCGCCACAGCUAAGCUCUCUGAAGCUUCCCAAGCUGCUGAUGAAAGUGAACGUGCUCGCAAGAUCCUUGAGAACCGCGCCCUUGCCGAUGAAGAACGCAUGGACGCUCUUGAGAAUCAAUUGAAGGAAGCUCGUUUCCUUGCUGAGGAGGCUGACAAGAAAUACGAUGAGGUUGCCCGUAAAUUGGCCAUGGUUGAAGCUGAUUUGGAACGUGCUGAAGAACGUGCCGAACAAGGAGAAAACAAAAUUGUUGAACUUGAAGAAGAACUCCGCGUCGUUGGUAACAACUUGAAAUCCCUUGAAGUUUCUGAAGAAAAGGCCACACAAAAAGAGGAAACUUUUGAAACACAAAUAAGAGUUUUGGAUCAUCAAUUAAAAGAGGCUGAAGCUCGUGCUGAAUUCGCCGAACGUUCCGUUCAAAAAUUGCAAAAGGAAGUCGACAGGCUCGAAGAUGACUUGAUGAACGAACGCUCCAAAAAUAAACUAUUACAAGAGGAAAUGGAAGCCACUCUGCAUGAUAUUCAAAAUAUGUGAAAACACUUAAAUUAAUAACAUUAUAUAAUUAUUGCAACAACAACAACAAAAGAAAAACAAAACUACCAUACUAGCCUAAAGGAUUCAUUUAAAUUUUAUUUCAUAAUUUUCAGCAACAAGACAACAAAUUUAAAUGAAUCCUUUGUUUUUUUUGUAAUGAGAAAGGAAAAAAAAAGAAAAUGCAGCGUAAACUUGAAUUCUCAUUUCUUUUAAAGAGAUUUACUAUAUAAUUUAUUGUUUGCCUAAAAAGAUUUUAACUUCUAAUGAUGUUAAACACACGCCGUAUUUUCGCUAAUAACUUUAACAAAAUUCCAAUUUAAUUUAAUCUUAAUUUCCUCCUCUAUUUUUUGUGUGUUUCGCAAGAAACUAUUUAAUAAGCAUUCCAUUUAAACCUAAAAACUUUUGUAGUAUUUUUGCCAGUAAAUUUUAAUUUCUUUCGUUUUUAUUUUUUCUUUCUGCUACAAAAACGUCUUUUUCUUUUUUUUUAUUUAAAAAAAAAGUUUAUAAUUUUCUUUUUUUUUUUGGUUAAGAUUUGUAUGUAUUUUUUCUGUAUUAAUAUUUUUUCUUUUUUUAAAUGUUGUAAAAAAUACAAUUCCAUUUUUUUUUAAUUUCAUUGUGUAAUAUUUUUUAAGUUAUUUAAUUUUUUUAAAUCAAAAUUUUUUUUUCUUUAAAUAUACCAACUUCCAUUAUUAACUAUGACAACAAAGCAAUCAAAAACAAACAAGAAAAAACUAGCAUUCCUUUUUAAGCAAAUUAAUUUCUUAAAACAAAACAAAAAAAUUUUGAUUUUUUAUAAUAUACAAAUAAUAAAUUAUACUUUAUUAAUGUAUUUCUUUUAAAAUAUAUUUCUAAAGUUUAUUAAAAUAGUAAUUAUUUUGCAUAAAUGAAAAAAAAAACACCAACAACAACAUAAACAUAAACAAUUAAAAAAAGACAAUAUAGUAUAUUUUCAUUAUUUACAACUACUUUUUUUUAAUUAUUAUUUAUAUAUAACUAUUAUUUACAAAAUAAACUACAAACAAACAUAAAAAAACAAAAAAAGAAACAAAUUUCGCUGCAAUUUGCACAAAAAAUAAAAGUAUUUUCAAAAAAAUAAAUAAAAAA